AUGAAUAAUAUAAAGACAUCUAUCCCAACCUUCAUUCUCAAAACCUAUCAAAUGUUGGAGGAUCAAAAGAGUACAAAUGUAAUUAGUUGGACUUCUUAAGGAACAGCAUUUAUAGUGUACAAUUAAGUGUUAUUGGAAAAAGAAGUCUUAUAGAAUUUCUUUAAACAUAGCAAUUAUUCCAGCUUUGUAAGAUAAUUGAAUUUAUAUAAUUUUAAAAAAGUGAAAUCAAAUGAAGGUUAAAUAUUCAAGCAUAAAUGUUUCCGUAAAGGCAUGAAGUAAUAUCAAAUAUUUAAACUUAGAUCAAUGUUAUAGUUUAUAAAACGAAAGAAUUAGGAUGAUCCAUAAGUUGGUUCUAACACUCUUGUAUAAGAAGAGCCAAUCAUCCAUAUCAAGGAGGAAUAGAAUUUAUUUAAGGAGUGUGCCAUUGACAUCAAAGAAACGAACAAUAAACUAAAGGAGGAUAUGAAAUUAUUAUAAGAAACAUCUUCAUAUUUAAUUGAUUAAAUGCAAAAUCUUAAUCAUACGCAAUAGUUUGUUUAUAACUAGAGUGUUGAUAUAGAGGUCAAAUUCAAAUAAGUUGGAUAAAUGUUACAUGCAAUAAAUGAAGAACUGAGGCAAGAGAUGUAAGAUAAAAGUGAACCUAUUACUAACAAAUUUUUAGACAAAAAAGAAGAUUGCUUUUAAGAAUCAAAAGUUGGUUCUCCAAACCCUUAUGUGGAUUACAAUAGCACAGCACUCAAUCCAUUGGAUUAUGAGUAUUUUAUAGACUCAUUUUUAUGA